AGAAAGGAUAAACUAACAGAUCAGGACCUCAAUCUUGGGGAUUAAAAAAAAAAAGAUGAACAAGCAGCCAGGAAUAUAUUCUGAUAUUGGCAAAAAUGCUACAGAUCUUCUGUAUGGAGAUUAUAUCAGACAAUCACCAAUUCACAAUCGCGCCAGUUUGCUUGAUUGUGGCUUAUACUUCAAAUGUCAAGUUAAUGACAUUGUACCUGGAUUAAGUACACUAGUGAAGUUGAGUGUACCAGAUCAGAGGUCUAAUAAGGUGGAAGUGCAGUACAUGAAUAAUUAUUUUGGAGUGGCAACAGGCAUCAGUUUGGAAAAAAGCCCACUGUUAAGUCUAUCUGGUGUCACAGGAAUUGGAUUUUUCAGUAUUGGAACUGAAAUCUCUUUCGAUACAGCAACGAAAACACUGGCGGAAUGCGGUGGUGGUUUGAGCUUCGAUACUGACAUUCUCUCUGCUUCACUCACUCUGAGCGAUAAUGCUGAUACUUUGAGAGCUCACUGUUACCGGCCAAUUCUACCCUUAACAAGCACUGGGGUUGCAGCUGAGUUAACGCAUAGAUUCGUCAGCAAUCAGACGACUCUUGCACUGGGGGCUCAGCAUUGCCUGUGUCCUUUCAUGCUGAUUAAAGCUCGAGUUACAAGUGAUGGCAGUUUGGGUGCUCUUGUCCAGAACAAUAUUUUCUCAUCACUCUCUCUGAGUAUUGGAGCAGAGUUGAAUGCCAUGGAUGCAGCGAAUACUGCUAAACUGGGGCUUACUCUAGCUUUUAAUCCCUGAGUUGCAACAACAAUGGUAGUCUCUCUUAGAGUCGUACUAUCCUCGAGUAUCUCCUAUGACUAUUUAUGCAAGCUAAGUCCAUAUCCUAGAAUUACUUUGAAGUCCAACGGUGGAUCCAGAAUUUAAUGUUUAUGAGUUCCAACAAUGACCUCAAAGUUAAUGUUACAAUAAUAAUUGGUUUCACAGUCAGUCAAA